AUGGACUUUGUCGGUUUUGGUGUGUACAUGAAAGCGGAUGGCCUACUUGGAAUUGAAUCAGCCAUUAGAGCUAGAACCUUGAGGUCACUUGUUGAAUGGUGGAUGCAAUUUGGUCAUAAUGUCCCAAACUUGCAACAGUUUGCUAUGAGAAUGCAAAGUUUAACUUGUAGCGCAUCUGAUUGUGAGAGAAAUUGGAGCGUGUAUGAACAUAUUCAUAGUAAAAAGAGAAAUAGGCUUGAGUUGACACGCCUCAAUGAUCUAGUGUUCAUUAAAUAUAAUAGAACAUUGGCACGUCGUGACAAUGCUCAUAAUACCAUUGAUCCAAUUUUGUUGGAUAGUAUUGAUGAGGCAAAUGAAUGGUUAACUGGAGCACCACAAGAUCACCAAGAUGAAGAAGUGUACAAAGGAGAAAGUCUCACUUAUGGUGACGUUUCUAUGGCAAGUGGUGUUGAGGAGAAUAUUUAUAAUUUUAGGGAGAUUACUUUAAGGGGCAAGGAAAGAGGAGUUGGAGGUUCUAGUUCGAGUCGAAACCUCGUUGAUGAGCCUUCUGAUGAUGAAGAAGAUGAUGGUCAAGUAGAACCCUUGGUUAUGUCACUUGAAGAGUUUGAGGAUCUUGUUGAAGAAUGGGAGUUUGAGUCUUUGUGA